AUGCCGAAGUAUGCUAACUUCUUGAAAGAUCUCUUGAAAGGGAAAGGUAAGCUAGAAGAGCUUUCGAAUAUCCCUCUGAACACCGAGUGUUCUGCCGUGGUGACGAACAAGCUAUCGGAGAAACUGACAGAUCCGGGUAUCUUCACGAUCCCAUUUUUGUUUGGUGGUGAUGUUAAGAAUCACGUAAUAGCCGACCUUGGUGCUAAUAUUAAUUUUAUGCCAUAUUCAUUUUACGAAAAACUAGGCCUUGGUGAACUCAAGCCAACUCGUAUGACCUUAGCCUUAGCUGAUAAAACCAUUAAGUAUCCCUGGGGAAUUGUAGAAAAUUUGCUAGUAAAAUUUGAUAAAUUUGUGUUCCCUAGGGACUUUGUAGUUCUAGACAUGGAAGCGGAUGAAAAUGUACCCCUAAUAUUAGGAAGUCCAUUCUUGUGCACUGCCAAAGCUCUUAUAGAUGUCUUCUUAGGCACUAUCAUACUUAGAGCGGGUGAGGAAUCGGUAGUUUUUAAGGUUACUAAAACGAGAGGCUCGAGUGUUCAGGUAGAGGCAGUAGCAUUGGUGGGGGGAGUGCAGGUUGUGAGAAAGAUGAGAAGAAGUGGAUGA